AUGUCCAUCAGCGAUCGCCAUGCCGGCCCUGCUCCGGCCGGGCCCCGCAGCGCCGCGUCCCGCCCGCCCUCAGCGCCCCCGAGUUGCCCUUCCUGCGGCCGCCAGCGGGUGGCGCUGCCGAGUCACCGACGGGGCGCGGCGGGGGCUGCGCGGGAGCGGAGCGGGAACGCACCGGGAGCGGGAACGGAGCCGGGAAUGCACCGGGAGCGGAGCGGGAGCGGAGCGGGAGCCGGGUCUGGCUCGGCGGCCCCGUCGUGGGUGGCGGGAGGCGGCGGAGAAGGUCUCCUGCCUUACUCUUCAGGAGGCCCACAUUUUCCCUGGACUUCCUUUUGCUUUUGCUGCUGGGAAGCUUUUCCUCAUCACCUUUCAGUGCCUGGACCCGAGGCGAGAUCCUCAGCUGGGAUAAAUCAGCUCCGCUUCCCUGUGGCCGAGGGAGGUAGGAAGAUGCACAGUGGUUGUGGACACAACCUGCCUUGUUUGGAGACUGGACCUCUUCUUUUCCCUGAAUGACUGGAAUGACUUGGAGUGUGUUUUUAUGCAGUUCAUAGAUGCAGAUAGGUCUGUAUGGCUCUUCUACUCUAGCCAGUG